AUGGCCGAUAAUCUGACUGCCAAUGCAGAUGUGAGAACUCUGUGCAGGGAAGACAGGUUGAAAGAAGCACUCGGCACAUUGAAUUCCAUGCAGGAGACGGGCAUUCCAAUUGAAUGUCAUACGUAUGCCUCUCUAAUACAAGUCUGUGCUAAAAUGAAAGCCCUUCCCCAUGGUAAGCAGAUCCAUUCCAUAAUUGUUUCACAGGGAUUUGAACAAGAUGUCUUCUUCGCUGAGAGGCUUCUAAACAUGUAUGUCAAGUGUGGUGGUUUGUCGGAAGCGCGCUCUGUGUUUGAUAAGACACCCAAACAAAACGUUUUCUUGUGGAAUGUAAUGAUAAUGGCUUAUGUGAAUCAGGGCUUCUAUGAAGAAGCUCUUUUACUCUAUUACCAGAUGCCCUUGGCAGGUGUCAAACCUGACCAUUAUACUUUUUCUUGUGUUCUCAAAGCCUGUGCAAGUCUAUCAGCCCUCUCGCAUGGUUUAGAAAUCCAUGCCUAUGUUAUUAGAGGUGGGUUCGAAUCCUAUAAUUAUGUAGGAAACGCUCUGGUGACUAUGUAUGGAAAAUGCGGUGUUGUGAAGUAUGCACGUGAAGUGUUUGACAAAAUACCUAAGUUGGAUGUCAUCUCUUGGAAUGCUAUUAUUAAGUGUUACGCUGAGGAUGGGUGUUUUAAAGAAGCCUUGGAACUGUUUGCUGAAAUGCAGCGGACUGGCAUUCAGGUUGACUUGACCACCAUGGUUACUAUCGUUCCGUUGUGCGCCCGCUUGGGAGAUCUGCAACGGGGUAAGGAAAUUCAUGGCCACUCCCUUAGAAUUGGGUUAUGGGGGGACAUUUUAGCAGGGAAUGUUCUGAUUGACAUGUAUGCCAAAUGUUAUAGUGUAAGGGAUGCCAUCAAGGUGUUUGAGAACAUGGCUCAGAGGGAUGUCAUCUCCUGGACUGCAAUGAUUUCGGGAUAUGCCGAGAAUCAGAAGUAUAGCGAGGCAUUGGAACUCUUUCAUCUCAUGGAUAGGAAAGGGGUAAGGCCUAAUGCUAUGACCAUGUCUUCUGUAAUUUCAGUAUGUACACACACUACAGAUCUGGAACAGGGGAAAUAUGCACAUGAUUACAUGCUUAGAAAUGGGAUUAAAUUAGAAUUAUCUGUAGAAAAUGCACUAAUCGACAUGUAUGCCAAGUGCAAGAGUAUAGUGGAUGCACGCUCUCUGUUUGAGAAAAUAUCUCAAAAAGAUGUAAUCUCAUGGAGUACUAUGAUUACAGGUUACUCCCAUGUUGGAUAUUACAAUGAAGCCCUUAAUGUGUUUCGCCAAAUGCAGCUUAGUAUGAAACCAAAUUCCGUCACCAUCCUUGCUAUUCUGCGAGCAUGUGCAAACUUAGCAGCCCUGCAAAAUGGCAAGGAGCUACAUAAUUACAUAAUCAAAAGCGGGCUUUUAUCAGAUGCUUCUGUAAGAAAUGCUCUUGUUCACAUGUAUGCUAAAUGUCAGAAUAUAGAAGCUGCCCGCCUUGUUUUUGACAAAACAUCCCAGAAUAGAGAUGCAGGAUUGUGGACUGCUAUGAUUGGAGGAUGUGGCAAGAAUGGGCAAUCCAUGCAUGCACUCUAUCUAUUUCACCAAAUGCAGCAAGCAGGAAUAGAACCGGAUGAUGUUACUUUUGUUGCUGUUUUAUGCGCAUGUAGCAAAGCAGGUUUGGUGGAUGAAGGAUGGAAAUAUUUUAAGCAGAUGAGUCAAGAGUACCAUAUCACACCGAACCUGAAACACUAUGCAUGCAUGGUUGACCUUCUAGCAUGUGCAGGUUUUGUGGAAGAGGCGCACAACUUUAUCGAAGAGAUGCCUGUAGAACCUGAUGCAGCUGUGUGGGGUGCCUUGCUUAGUGCAUGCCGAAUUCAUCGCCGCAUUGAUCUAGGAGAGCGCAUUGCAAAACAUGUUUUUGAGUUGGAACCAGAAAACGCUCGACGUUACAUGCUUCUGUCAAGUAUCUAUGCCGAGGCUGAUAGGUGGGAUGGCGUAGCAAAGGUGAAAACAAUGAUGAAAGACAGGGGCAUGCUAAAAAAUCCAGGAUGCAGCUGGAUUGAGAUCGACAACACAGUCCAUGCAUUCCUUAUAGGAGACAGAUUGCACCCCCAAGCAGAUAAAAUCUAUUCACUGUUAGAUAGAUGGGCUACACGAAUGAAAGAGUCUGGUUAUGCAUCCAGCACAAACUUUGCGCUAUGGCAUGAGUCAGAGGUGACCACAAAAGAAGAUGUCCUAUGUGGCCACCAUGAAAAGUUGGCCAUUGCUUUUGGUCUUAUCAACACAUCUCCUGGGAUUACUAUAAGGAUCACCAAAAACCUUUCUAUGUGCAUUGACUGCCAUGAAGCUGCUAAAUUUAUUUCUAAGAUUGUUAGGCGAGAGAUUACUGUGAGGGACCCAAGUAAGUUGCAUUUUUUUAUAGAUGGAACAUGUUCUUGUGAUUAUUCUAGUGGGUGA